UGCUGUGAUAUGGAAAUUGUGUCACAGGCAUGGGACAAGGAAAUUGUGUCACUGCCUCUUACAUAAAAGCCAAGAGAAGUGACUAGGCAAAGAGAAGAACACCGAAACAGGAUUAGUAACAUGGCAGUUACAGUGUGCUUCAUUAUCAUCAUCAUAUUGUCUACGGCAUUAACAGGAGCUGCUCAGGUUGUAGUAAUCCGCUUUGAGCCCGAAAGGACUGUGUACAUUGAGGGGGAAGCCUUAACAAUAAGGUGUCUUGCUGAAAAACCAUCAAAUAUCAGAAGCUACAGUUUCUUUAAAGAUGGUUCCGAAACACAAAAAACCAACUCUAAUAUUCUGAGCAAACCUCUUCUCACGAGAACUGAUUCUGGAUUAUACUUUUGUACUUACACCAGAACUACAUCUAAUGAUUCUACAGAGAGUAAUCCCAUAACACUCAAUGUUAUUGAACGUCCAGCUACUCCAUCUCUGUCUUUUCAACCCCAGUUCUCCGUUUAUGUGAAAGGGCAGCAGGUAACAGUAAGUUGCCUGAUUCUGAAUCGUGUAGGUAUCACAGGAAUCUACUUAUAUCAGGAUGGGAGGCUAUUGACUGAAGCUGAUAAUUUUGGAGUCCUAAACAUUAUGGAAAUCCAAGAAUGGAAUGCUGGAAAUUACUCUUGCGUGACUACCAUUCAAGUAUCAGGGCGUGAUAUACAGUCUCGAUCCAGUGAAUACAAGGCGAUAGCGGUGACACAACCCCUUCCAGUUCCAACAUUAAGGGUUUUCCCAAGCAACCCACAGACAGAAAAUACUGAAGUACAACUUAUCUGUGAGACCGCAUUGCCUUCUACCAUCCAUGGUUAUCGGUUUUACAAAGAUGGCAGAGAGGUGACAGGAACAGCUGGACAGAAGGACAAUGUUUUUGUCAUUGCUGAAUACAAUAGUCUUUCUGAGGGAUGCUAUUUUUGUCAGACCUUCAGAGUAGAACUGGCCCAAGAAAUAAAGUCCCCUGAAAGCUCUAUGCGCUUCCUGACAGACAAAGAAAUAGAUAGAAGAGGAUGUGACGGCAAAGAAAUCCAAAUUGAUUCUGUUUUUUCUCUUCAAGGAAUUAAACUCUAUGGAAGUGUGCUUGUGGGCAAGAUCCUGGUUCUCCUCUUACUGUCGCUUUUUUUUGGAGUACGUAUUACGUUGAUAAACUUAAGAAUAAAAAAAGCAGAGACAGAGCCACAAAGGUGAACGAGCAAGUGGCACAGUAAAAGUGGUGGCCAAGAUGUCCAUUUUACUUAUGGUGCCAUCCUGUAGUCUCACUGUCAGAGAUUCUUGGAAUUGAAACCAUCGCACAAACGAUAUUAAGACAUUUUGAUUCUUCAUCAUUCCCUCACAGUCAGAAUAGAAAAGUAGAAUUCUUUUCAUUGUGUAUCCAUCAUAAAAGGUUCAUGCUCAGAGAUCUCCUAAUAUUUUACAGAAAUUGGUAGGACAGAUUAUCUCCUUCACUGUUUUAUGCCAAGGAGGGUAGCAGAAUAAAGAUUCACCUGUGCAUCUUAUUAAUGACUGUGCUUAAGAUUGUGUAUAGUACAGAUUAUACAUUUAUAUGGUACAGGUAUGGGAUCCCUUAUCCGGAAACCCGUUAUCCAGAAAACUCCGAAUUACGGAAUGCCCGUCUCCCUUAGACUCCAUUGUAAUCAAAUAAUUCAGAAUUUUAAAACUGAUUUCCUUUUUCUCUGUAGUAAUAAACCAGUACCUUGUAAUUGAUCCCAACCCAAGACAUAAAUAAUCCUUAUUGGAUGCAACACAAUCCUAUUGGGUUUAAUAAAUGUUUUAUUGAUUUUUUAGCAGACUUAAGGUAUGAAGAUCCAAAUUAUGGAAAGACCCCUUAUCCGGAAUACCCUUGGUCCCGAGCAUUCUGAAUAACGGGUCCUAUACCUGUACUUCAUUUCCUUGUUAUUUAGUGUGUCAUUAACUGUGACUGUACAAAGUUGAAUUUAUGCUGUGGCAUAAGUAAUUUGAAUUAAUACUGCCACCUCCAAACCUCUAAAUGGCAAUAUUAUUAUAUUAUGUCAUCCUAAUCAUCAAGCUCUUUAUGCCCUGAAGUGUCUUUAAACAUAGCAACCUUGGAGGGUGGGACACGCUUGCCAGGUUUAAAAUGUAAAGGGAGGCAGAAAAGAAAAACAUUUUCACUUUCUUUGUUUAAGUAAAUAUUUAAGAAUAAACACAGGGCACCUGUGUGAAAUGAUAA